AUGCGGGUAGAAAAAUGUGAAGCUUUGAUGCGCGGAUUGAAAUCGCAGCAAUCUUUGUUUACGAAAGUUAAUAUUGAACAAGAGGCUCUUGAAAUCGCAAAACGUGGAAAACCAUUCACCGAUGAAGAAAUGAUCAAAGAAUGCGUAAUUGCACUAGCCGAAGAAAUGUGCCCCGAAAAGAUAUGGGAUAUAGAAAGAAAAUACCAAAACGAAUUAAUUGACCCCAACAACACUAAAAACGACAUACGACUUGAAACAAUUUUACUCCUUGAUGUUUUGCAUUCAUUAAAACUACUAUACACCCCGCCAUAG